AUGAACUAUAUACUUCCCCGAAGAUGGGUGAUGGCUAUAGUAGCAUUGGUAGUGGUAAUCAACCUAUUGUUCUACUACCAAUACACUGUUGAAAUUAUCGAAUUGUUUCCAGAAACUCUAGUGACGGGAGUGUGGAAAUUCGACCAUGACCACAAAUACUACGUGGUGGACUCCGAAUUGGUUGCUGACUCUAAUCUACGCUCUGUCCUCGAGAAAGCAGAGGCUCUUCCCUUACCCGGGAGAGAAGUUAAGAAAGUGAUCGUGGAGAAGUUCACGGCCAACGAUGGUGCAAAGCUAAAGAAGAUAGAAAAAGAGGUGCAUGAAAAGUACUUGGAUGAAUUCACAAAAGAGUUUCGCAAAGUUGUUCUAGAAGAUGUGCGUGGCCAGAUGUCCAGAGAUUACGCUUCGGUGUUCUUUAUGAACAUGGUUAAGUCCUACGAGGUGUUAGACCAGCAGAGAGCGGAAUAUCUCAAGACGAACGAAGAAAAGAUUUUGAAUGGGGUUUUGCAUGGUCUUUUGGUCGGAACUUCUGACCAGGAGCUCAAGUCCAAGAUCGAUGCCUUGGACCGGCUUCUGGUCGACAGAACAAAUUAUUUCCAUUUUUUGAUCGAUGAUGUGAUCUUAAAACACGCUCCUCGGGAGCCACAGCUUACUACGUUGUCUAAAGGCAAGGAAAUUGGAGGAAAUAUGCUUAAUGAGUUGGGACUUACGUACUCUCGAAACUUUCUCACCGACAAAAGAACGAAACUUAAUGAGAUUCAGUUUAAAGAACUCCAAGAACGCCACGAUGAGAUUGUCAGAGACCUCCGAUCAAUGAGUAUGCCUCCACCUGAAAUAUAUGCUGGUGAGGGCAUAGUGAUUGUAUCUGACAAAGUGUCCAUACCCGCAGCGAUUGGAUUGGUCGUUCAGCUUCGUGAAGUCAAGUCCGAGUUGCCUGUGGAGGUUGUGAUUAACUCGGAGGAAGACUACAACUCUCAAGUAUGUGAGGAAACCUUGCCCAAGUUCAAUGCUAAGUGUAAGGUGAUAGAGAGGGAGUUGACCUCGGAAAAGUAUAGCAAGCUCGGCCUUAAGCACUUCCAGAUGAAAAUGAUGGCCAUUUUGGUGUCGUCUUUUGAUCAUACAAUUGUUUUGGACGCCGACAACUGGCCCACUAAAAGUCCUGAUUUCCUUUUUUCUACCGAACCAUACAGAGAGACAAGAUUCAUUUUAUGGCCCGAUGCUUGGCACAAAGGAACGUCUCCACUCUACUAUGACAUUGCCCGCUUCGAGGUGGGCGAGAUUGUCCAUCGAAAUGGAUGGAGUAAUGAAAAGCCUUUCUCCGAGUAUAUUGUAAAGGAUGUUGACAAGGAAGUGAUGUUCCACGAUUUUGAUGGACUUCCACCAUUCAGAGGGGUGGAAUCGGGACAAAUCGUUGUGUCCAAAAGAGAGCAUUUCAGAAGUUUAUUCCUAGCGGCAUACUAUAAUUUCUACGGGCCCCAGUUCUACUAUCCAUUACUCUACCAAGGUACAUUUGGUUCCGGCGAUAGAGAAACGUACAUUCCGGCCCUUCAUGUUAUGAACGAGCCUUAUAACUUGUGUGACUAUGAAAUGACAUUUGUGGGAGUAGAUAGGAAGGAUUUUAAGGGUGAAAAUUCAUACAUGGACGAAAGUACCAUGGUUCAAAGAGAUCCACAGCAGUCGCUUCGAUAUAUACGAGCUUGGAGAGGGUGGUUAAAAUCGAAGGGUCUUGAUUCUCGGUUGGAUCCAUUCCAGGGAAAUAAGUAUACUGAGGAUUUACGGACGCAGUUUGUUAGGGAAACAAGCACGGAGAUACCUGAGGCACUCUUCAUGCAUGUUCACGAUCCCAAAAUUAAUGCACUUUACAAUGAGCAAAGUGAAAAGACGAGAUAUGAUUACAAGUCACGAUAUAUUCGGGAGAUUGGAAAAUUUGACGAGAUUUUGGGCAGUACCGAUUGGGAGCUCAAGUUCCAGACUAUCAACAUGUGGGUGACGUGUGAAGCAUUAAAGCGUAAUGAGAUUUGGAAAUCGUUUUUGAUCGACCAAGAAGCUACAUGUCAAAAGAUGAUGGAUUAUGUAAGUUACUUGGCUGAGACGUCUAAUGACGUGACGUCGGGAGACAUUAGAGCGGUUGACGUAUUAAGUGGACAUUUAAAGCAGUCUGAAAACUCUGGACAGGAUAGGGCAUCAGUCCCAAUGGCAGCUGAAAAAGAGGGCAAGGAAAAGGACGAAGAGAGGGCUGAAGUUCAACCACAGGGAGACAUUGAAGUGGGGAAAAAGCUUGAAGAAAACGCCGAUUUGCAAGCACAACCUGAAAGUUAG